AUGUACAACCGGUCGCACAUUAGGACCCGAAACACUAUAGAACGAUGCUUUGGAGUGUGGAAGCAAAGGUUUCGGUGUUUACAACUAGGACUUAAUACAAAAUUAGUGAAUACAAAACUAUAUAUUGUUGCAUUGGCAAUACUACACAACAUUGCAAUGCACAAGCAAGAUCUGCUUGAGGAUGCAGUAGAAGAUUAUGGAAAUGUUCCAGUCACAGAAUUAGUAAAUAACUCUCUAAGAGGAAAUUCAGUACGGGCAGCAUUUAUUAAUGAAAAUUUUAAAUAA